GCUCCGGCUACGCCGCGACGCUUCCACUCCAGCGCAGCGCCGCUCACAACCUUCCAGACAGCCUCUGGCGCCCCACUCCGGAGCGUCGCCUAUCGCAAGCUCUUCCGCGGUCGCCAUGGUGACCAUCUCGCAAACGCAGUGCGUGACGCUGCGGCGCCGGUCGCCGCCUCGGCCGCUGGACGCCAAGCCGUCGCCACUGACCGCCCAGGCGCCGAGGUCGGCGGGUACGACGCUGCGCUCCGCUCUGGAGCAGCAGCAGGGUCACCAGCAGCAACAGCAGCAGCUGCAGCACACGCCGCGGCUGCGCAUCGUCUGGUUCAACGCCCUCGGUUUCCUCGCGCUGCACAUCACCGCCGCCUACGGCCUCUGGAUAGGCGUCGCCUACGGCCGCGUCCUCUCCUGGCUGUGGGCUAUCCUGGUGGGCGUGGUGUCGGGCCUCGGUGUAACUAUAGGCGCCCACCGGCUGUACACGCACCGCAGCUUCCGCGCCACGUGGGGAGUGCGUCUGGCGCUCGUCACCCUACACACCAUCGCUGGGCAGAACUGUCUGUACAUCUGGGUGCGCGACCACCGGCAGCACCAUAAGUACAGCGACACGGACGCCGACCCGCACAACGCCACCAGGGGCUUCUUCUUCUCGCACAUCGGCUGGCUCAUGGUGCGCAAGCACCCUGACGUCAUCCGGCUCGGCAAGACCAUCGACCUGACGGACCUCGAGCAGGACGCCUUCGUUAUGUUCCAAAAGAAGUACUAUAAGACGCUGUACGCGAUAUUCUCCAUCAUGCUGCCUGUGGCCGUGCCGAUCUACGCGUGGAACGAGCAGCCGUGGAUUUCACUGAUGCUGUGCUACUUCACCAGAGCCAUCCUAACCCUCAACAUCACGUGGCUCGUCAACAGCUGGGCACACCUCUACGGCACCAGGCCGUAUAACAACCGCAUCGAGCCUGUGGAGAGCGAUUUCGUGUCCUUCCUGUCGUUCGGAGAGGGCUGGCACAACUACCACCACUCGUUCCCGUACGACUACCGCGCCGCCGAGCUGGGCCAGCGCUACGACCUGUCCACCCGCAUCAUCGAGUGGCUGGCGCGCCGCGGCUGGGUCACCGACCUCAAGGCGGCCUCUGCCAGCUCUGUGGUCAGCCUGGCGCUGGCGCACGGCGACGGCAGCCACCCCGUCUGCCAGCCGGGAGGGGGCGCCUCCAAGGAGCCCGCGGCCGGCAAGCACUUUGUGGAGGCGCUGCCCGCGCCGGGCCAACCCCCGGAGCCCGGACUCAGCAUCGCCUGA